AUGAAUCACGGCUACUCAGACACCCGCCGCGGUGUCUCGCCUCACAAUGACUCCAUGACCGACAUCAGCGUGUCGCUGCUGAGCGAAGACGACAAGCCGUGGAAGCAAGCAGACAUCGAAGACGGCGGCGGUUGCGCAACAAGACGAAGCCGGUGCGCCAAGAAAUGCGAGGCCUUCAGGCGCUGGCGCUGGGUAUUCGACACGGCGCUGAUGCUCGUCGUCGUCGGCCUCCUCGUCGAGAGACGAUACCUCCAGUCGCCCGCCCGCGACAAGCGCCUCGAACCCGUCGGCGACCUCACAGGCUUCGCGCCAGAAUAUUUCGUCCCCGACGACCCAAAGUCGCUCUUCACCAACGCCUCCCUCCAGGAGAACUGGCUCAAGAUGGUGCCCCGCGGCCUCGGCUACCUCGAGGUCAAGAACCCGCGCGCCCACAGCAACCUCCCCGUGCCGCUGCCCGAGUUCGCCCCGCGCACCGUCUUCACCACCUCCAUGACGCACCAGCUGCACUGCCUCUACGCCAUCCUCGAGAGCUACGCCGGCCUCUCCGUCAACGGCUCCGCCGCCGUCGACAUGCACUCCCACAUCCCAGAGGGCACCGAGGGCGCCGACGGGCCCUGGCACCUCCAGCACUGCUUCGAGUACCUGCGCCAGGCCAUCCUGUGUUCGGGCGACGUCGCGCUCGAGGGCACCCAGACAACCUUCCCCCCCGGGUUCACGGGCAGCGACGGCUGGGACGCGAAGCACGUGUGCAAGGACCCCAAGCAGGUGUAUGAGUACCUCGACAAGAACCGCGCAUUGGACGAUCACUGGAUUUGA